UAGUUUAAGAAAACCAUUUACUGCCAUUCGAAAAAGGAAGAUGUUAUUUUUUAAUUUUCUUAUUCUAGGAUUGGUAUCCUCUCAUGCAGAUGCUGUUCAAAACUUGCAUGCAGAGGAUAUUCAUUACCGGACAAAGCGUGAUUUGUCGAGAAGUAGAAGGUCAGAAAUUCGCAACCUAUCUCCAGACGACAGGGCAUCUUGUUCUCCUGGUCAGUCUGUUCCACCAAACAGAAUAAAUACAACAGAGAGACUGAGUGAUCUUCGGACCGAGAUGAACCGUUUGGGAUUACAAGCUUAUAUAAUACCAUCAGAAGACGCACAUCAGAGUGAAUACACUUCUCCAUAUGAUAAAAGAAGAAAAUUUAUAUCUGGUCUUUCAGGCUCUGCUGGUUAUGCAAUUGUGACAAAGAUGCAGGCAGCCCUGUGGACGGAUGCACGUUACUUUCUUCAAGCAGAAGAUGAGAUGGAUUGUAAUUGGAUUCUUAUGAAGUGGGGAGAAACAGGCGUACCUUCAGCCACAGAGUGGCUAGUAUCAGUCCUUGAAAACACACCAAACGCCAAAGUUGGAGCAUAUCCAUUUUUUCUCGGCAGCAAAAAGUGGGAAAGCUACGAAGAAAAACUUUCUGAGGAAAACAUCACAAUGACGAAGACAGAUGAAGAUUUAAUAGACAAAAUUUGGACAACAGGGCGUCCACAGGAACCGAAUUCUCCCAUUAACGCUCUUCCAUACAAAUUUUCAGGACGUAAUUGGCAGGAUAAGAUCGCUGACAUUUACAAGGCUAUGGAGGAGAAAAAAGUAGACUCUAUGAUUGUAUCAAGUCUGGAUGAAACAGCAUGGUUACUGAACUUGAGAGCUGAGGACAUUUUAUACAGCCCAUUCUUUCUCUCAUAUAUAAUUGUCGACAGAAAAAAGAACCAGAUAACGUUAUAUAUAAAAGAUCACAUCAAGAAGCUCACACAAGCUCCGACUGAUCCAGAAACAACUCAGAAAUUACAUGAACAUCUUAACACCGGAAGUACAGGUUCUUGUAGUGGACAGACAGGAUAUUGUGUUGUGGUAUUGGAAUAUGAACCAAUGGCAUUGAUAAAUAAGAUGAGGUCAGUGGUUACUAACAGCGAGAAAGUCUGGAUUUCACCUUACUGCAGUUAUGCGAUAUUUUCUGUCGUACCAAAGGAAAAGCGGAUACAGGAAAACACACCCGUGUCUUUACAAAAGGCAGAAAAAAAUGAAGUCGAGAGGAACGGAAUGAUAAAAUCUCACAUUCGUGACGCAGUUGCAUUGAUAUCUUUUAUUGCAAAGUUAGAGAAGGAGGUUAAAGAAGGGAAGAAGUGGACAGAGUUGUCAGCGGCUGAAGAUCUAGCCAAAUUCAGGGGGAGGCAACAGUACAAUCGCGGUCUGAGUUUUGAUACGAUAUCCUCUAGUGGAUCCAAUGGCGCAGUGAUUCACUACACUCCGUCUAACCUCACAGACAAAGAAAUAACAACAACAGAGAUGUAUCUACUGGAUUCUGGAGGGCAGUAUCUAGAUGGAACUACGGAUGUCACAAGAACAUUUCAUUUUGGAACCCCAACAGACUUUCAAAAGGAAUGCUACACUCGUGUGUUGAUGGGGUCGGUAGAUCUUGCUAGAGUAAAGAUCCUGAAAAGUAGUAUCGGACCUCAUGGUCAGGAACUUGACAUUCUGGCUCGUCGUCCUCUAUGGGAUGUUGGACUUCAUUAUAAACAUGGGUCUGGGCAUGGGAUAGGGAUGUAUCUAGGUGUUCAUGAAUAUCCUCCAUCUAUAGGCAUGACCGGAAGGAGCAUCUCCUCCCAUGAUGCACCCAUCAAAGAGGGACAAUUCUUUUCUGAUGAGCCUGGUUAUUAUGAAGACGGUAGCUUUGGUGUACGUAUAGAGAGCAUACUGAUGGUAAAGAAAGUGGAACUGAAGUAUAAGUUUUCGGAUUCUGAAUUCCUUGAAUUCGAAACUAUCACUUUGGUACCAUUUGAACCAAACCUCAUCGAGUAUGACAUGCUUUCCAGAGAUCAGAUUGAUUGGAUUAAUUCUUUCCACGAAAAAGUACAGAAAACUAUCGGUCCUAUUUUGAUGAAUAGUGACAGAGAAGCUUAUGAUUGGCUAGAGAGAAGGACAAAGUCAAUAACUCGUCAAACUAGCACUUCUUCCGGUGUGAAUAUUUCAGCUUCUUCUUUUCUUCUCAUGAUAUCAGCCGUUCUUGUGUGUAUAUCUCAAGUUCCUGUUUCUGAAUUUGUCUGAUGUAUAAAAUUAUAUGGUAUGUUUAAAUACAGAUGGAAAUGUACCAGAAGCUUGGAAAAAUCAGCAGUUAUGUACUUGCAUGUUUUUUUUAUGGUGUUUAUUUUUAUUCUAUGGCAGAACAAAGUAUACAUUUCUAAAUGCAUUCAAACAAUAGAUUUACAACAUUGUCA